AUGCUGGUGGUGAUGACGGCUAUCGCGCUGCUGCUGAGCGUUGCUGCGCCUCGCUACAUCCAGCACAUCGAUCGCAGCCGAGAGGUCACGCUGCGGCAGGACCUCAAGGUGAUGCGAGAUGCCAUCGACAAGUUCGCCGCGGACAAGGGUCGAUACCCAUCCACGCUGCCGGAGUUGGUGGCGCUGGGCUACCUGUCGAGCAUUCCCGUCGACCCGAUGACUGGCAGCUCUGUCACCUGGUUGACUUCGCCGCCCACAGCCGCCUUGGUGAGCUGGCAGUCCGGGAUGCCGCCCACCACGCCCGCGCCAGAGGGGAGCGCGCUGACAGGGGUGGGCGACGUUCAUUCGACGGCGACGGGUCUUGGAUCUGAUGGAACGCCCUAUGCGUCGUGGUGA